CAUAUGAAAGGUCCCAUUCAUGCUGCUGCAGCAGGCUCAGGUUCUCGUCUGGGCUGAGCCUGUCCCCGAGCAUGUAUUAAAUGUGGGGGGAUUAUGGAGCAGCUCCAGCCAAGGCAUGGGGCCGCCUGUGAUGCAAUGAAAAUAUUACGAAAGCUGACGGGGUUGAUGGAUGGUGGCCACUGGCCAAGAGGCUGAGCACAGCUCUGGCAGCACUGGUGGUGGGAGCUUUGUGGCAGCUCCAGUUUCCUUGGCCUCUGAAUGUGGGCUGGGCAGGGGUCCCAGCUUGGAGGCCCCCAGGCUCUGCAGCAGCUGAGCUCUGCAGGACCCCAGGCUGUGGUGGAGUUGUCACUGCUCCUGCCCCUGCCCAGGGCUGAUCUCUCGCAGCUGCCGUGCUUGGGGCUGGACCUGGCUCCCCCAGCUCCGGCCAGUCAGCUCCCCUCUCCCGCACCCUGGGGCUGUGUCCCUUCAGGAUGAGGGGGCCGCCCCUCCGCUGGCCCCUGCCCAGCUGCAGUCAGCACCCUCGGCUUGUGUUUCCACUUUAAUUAAUUCGAGCAGGAGGAACAUGGAAAAACCUGGGCUGGAGCCUCCCCCGCCUGCUUUCCCCAACAAAGGCCUCAUUGAGGCUGGCCCAGCACUCAGCCAGCAGAGCCCAGUGCUGAUGGUGCCCCAGUGGGGGCAGAAGAGCCACGGCCAUGGGGUCUGCACAGGGCAGGAUGGCAGCAGCUUCUGCAGAGCCCCCGCACAUCCCCUCCAGUUCCAGCGUGGGGCUCCUGUCCUGAGCGUGACACGGAAGCUGUCCAAGACGGAGCGGCAGCGGUUCAGUGAGGAGGUGGAGAUGCUGAAGGGGCUGCAGCAUCCCAACAUCGUCCGCUUCUACGACUCCUGGAAGUCAACUAUCAAAGGCCAGAUCUGCAUCGUGCUGGUCACAGAACUCAUGACAUCUGGCACCCUGAAAACGUAUUUGAAGCGCUUUAAAGAGAUGAAGCUGAAGGUGCUGCAGCGCUGGAGCCGGCAGAUCCUCAAGGGUCUGCAUUUCCUGCACACUCGCUCGCCCCCCAUCAUCCACCGCGACCUCAAGUGUGACAACAUCUUCAUCACGGGCCCCACGGGCUCAGUCAAGAUCGGGGACCUGGGCCUGGCCACACUCAAGCGAGCCUCCUUUGCCAAGAGUGUCAUAGGCACCCCCGAGUUCAUGGCGCCGGAGAUGUACGAGGAGAAGUACGACGAGGCCGUGGAUGUCUACGCCUUUGGGAUGUGCAUGCUGGAGAUGGCCACCUCGGAGUACCCCUACUCUGAGUGCCAGAACGCCGCCCAGAUCUACCGCAAGGUCACCUCGGGCCUGAAGCCCAGCAGCUUCUACAAGGUGAAGGUGCCCGAGCUGAAGGAGAUCAUUGAGGGCUGCAUCCGCAUGGACAAGAACGAGAGGUACACCAUCCAGGACCUGCUGGAGCAUUCCUUCUUCCAGGAGGACACAGGGGUGCAUGUGGAGCUGGCUGAGGAGGAUGAUGGAGUCAAGUCUGGGCUCAAGCUCUGGCUGCGCAUGGAUGACACAAAGAAGCUGCACGGCAAGUACAAGGACAACAACGCCAUCGAGUUCCUCUUUGAGCUCUACAAGGAUGUGGCAGAGGAGGUGGCUCAGGAGAUGGUGGUCCUGGGCUUUGUCUGUGAGGCCGACUACAAGCUGGUGGCCAAGGCCGUGCGGGACCGCGUGGUCGCCAUCAAGCGCAAGCGGGAGAAGCUGAAGCGCGCCCAGGACGCGCCAUCGCCCGCGGAGCCAGAGCAGCCGCCAGGUGUCCUGCGGCUGCUGGAGGAGCUCAAGUCCCCGCUGUCACCUGGUGCCCCCACGCCUGCCCUGGCCACCCCUGGCUCUGGGGACUCUGCCUUCAGCAGCACCUUCCCCCUGGAGCCUGAGGAGCCUGAAGCUGACCAGCACCAGCACUUUACCUACCGGCACACCAGCUACUCCUCGGCCACCUCCGACUGUGAGACGGAUGGGUACCUGAGCUCCUCUGGCUUCCUGGACUCCCCAGACCUGGCCCAUCGCAGCUUUGCUGCAGUGGACCCUACCAGCCCACCGCCCACCCGGCCCGUGCGCUGCUUCCCCACGAGUAUCGCCGUGCAGCUGCCCACUGAGCAUUUGCCGCCUGCCAGCGGCUUCUCCUCCUCGGUGGACAGCUACACCUCAGAUGUGGCGUCGGGCAUGAGUGAUGGCUGUGAGGGGCUCUCGGCCAGCGAGCAGAGCGCCAAGCUGCCGCCCAAGCGAGCCUCGGGGAAGCUGCUGCGGCGCCGAGCCCGGUCCAGGCUGCGCAUCACCAAUAUCUCCGACAAGAGCGACCGAGUGGUGGAGUGCCAGCUGCAGACCUACAACAACAAGAUGGUGACCUUCAAGUUCGACCUGGAUGGGGACAACCCGGAGGAAAUUGCAGCCGCCAUGGUCCACAACGAAUUCAUCCUCAAGUCGGAGCGGGACAGCUUCAUCAACCGCAUCCAGGACAUCAUCCACCGUGUGGAGACCCUGCUCCGCAAGGAUGGGCGCAGCGGCACCGAGCUGCCCAAGGGCCCCGAGGCUGAGAGUGCUGUGGGCAGUCCCGUGGACCUGCAGCUGCAGGGGCUCUCUCGCUCCAUCUCUUCCUCAUCCUCACUCAGUGACCUGAGCUGCACCAGUCCCAGCCUCUCUGUCCAGUCCCCUGUCCUGCCGUGGCUGAGCCGCUCCCCAUCAGAGACCAACCUGGCCAGUCCUGUGGAGCCGCUGGCAGCCCCGGUGCCACUACGGUCCCCCACAGGCUCAGCCUCGAUGACUCCCUCCUGGCUCACGUCGUCACCGGCACUGACACCAACACUGACUCCCCAGAGGACCCCAGGGGGGCCUGUCCCCCCAGCCCUGCCCCAAGCCCUCCUGUCCCCCCAGCCUCUCCCCACAUCCCCCGUUCCCUGUGAGCCCAGCAGUCCCCUGAGCCCCCCUGUGACUAGCACACCCUUGUCCCCCACUGCCCCCCUCUUGUCCCUGGCCAAUGUCUUCUCCCUGGCAGUGAUGACCGUGGCCCACACUGUCUCCUCCAUUGCCAGCUCAGGUGGGCACCUCUACCCACCGCUGCUGCCACGGCCACAGAGUCUUGUCCUGAGUGCCCCACGCUUUGUCUACCCUGACCCCACCGGCACAGACAAGCCAGUCCCACCUGGCAGUGGGAUCCUGGAGUCAGUGCGAGCUGAUGUCCCCACUGCUGGGGUGCCCAUAUCCUCCCUCCCCUUGGCACCAGCCCCAGUGUGCCCCACAGGCAGCGAGGCUGUGGGGAGCCCUCUGCAGCUGCUGAGCACAUCCACAUCUGGGAGUCCAGAGGGCAGCACGGUGCUGCCAGGUGCCCCCAAGCCCAGCCACUCUCUGAUCAUCUCAGAGGCACCAGCCCCCAGCGUGCCCAAGGCCCAGCUCUCACCCAUCAAUGAAGAAGCCAAGCCCCAGGUCCUGGGCCGGUUCCAGGUGGUACCAGCCAAGGACCUGGCUGUGACCUCUCCGGUGCUGGGCAGCAGUGACGGGGAGCAGCACGGCACGGAGCCGGCAGCGAGUUGA